AUGAAUGCGGAUGCUGCUGCUCCCGACGCUUUCCGUCACCGCAUCACCAUGGAGAUAUUAUAUAAGCUGGACGGUGACGAGGCCAAGGGAACAUGUAUAAAAAGUGAUAGUGCAACGAACAGCAGAGGUUUGUUAUCAUUUGUUUGUACCGUUGACGACGCAAACAGUGCGUUUCACCCAUCGAUAUAUCGUAUUAAAUACAACAACAUAUUGUUCCGCCGUUCGUACGGCUAUAUUAUUUCUGUUUGUCGUGGUGUAAGGGCAAAGGCCAAAGGGCAAGGAUCUUGCGAUUUGCGAACAUAG